CCAGUUUGAGCCACGCUCUGCUAGACGCCGCACGCUUUCGGUUCCUCUGCUUUCGCAACGCGCACGCGACGAGCACUUUUCCAGAAGCUACAUUUCCAUUUCCCCCUCACAAGAGAAGAAACAAAUCAAAAGCAUUAAAUAAAAGUAAUAAAUAAAAGCAACAACGACCGGCUUUGUGAAGGAUAUCCUUUUAUAUAUGUAUAUUCCUAUUGCCUCAAUCGUGUCAUAAACAAGUGAAAAGCAGAAAAGAGAAAAAGGAAUAAAAAAAAAAAACAAAUUGGGCAAACGAAUUUUGUGUGCAUUUUUCAAAACAAUAAGACGAAAUCUGUGCGUGCUAUUAUACACACCCAAAAGAGUGUCCUGCAGGAUUCGCCAUUGUGUUUGGAUUCGGAUUCGUUCUGGUCGUGUACAUGCUCGCUAUACACUGUACUACACUCGGAUUAUUCCCAUUUGCCAUAUUUUGCCAAUAGAGAAACAAAAUUCAAUUGGAGUUCUCUAAAGUAAACCAACUUACAAAUUCAGUCCACACACAAGACUCACCACUCAAAGAUGGGCGAACUCGAGGAGAAGGAAACGCCACAGACUGAAGCGACACAGGCGACACAGGAGUCGUUAGAGGAACCAAAGGAGACGGACAAAAUGCUGGACAGCAAGAAGAAUGAAUCGAAAGAGAAGACACCAAGUCCACAAUCAUCCAAACCGGCCACGCCCAAUCCAGGCAAGAAGUCGCCAGUUCCACAAGAUAAAACCGAGAAAUCAGGCGAGGAAAUCAUUGACAUUCCCGCCGAGAAUGGUGGCAAACCGAAUGGAGCCGCUGGCGAUGGUGAUGAGAAGAAGAUCAGCAAGGAGGAGCGCGAGGUGAAGCCCAAGAAGAUACCCAUUGGUGGCCUAAAGCUGCCCGGUUUCUUCAUGAAGAACAAACCCAAGGCAGAGGGCGACGAUGCCGAGGGAGAACUGCUCGAGAAGGACAAGGAGCAGGAGGAGAAGGAGAAGGAGCCCAAUGGUGAUGCGGCUGCCAAGGAGGAGCAGAAACCACGUGCUGGUCUUGGCCAGCGGCUGCGUAGUUUCUUUGUGCGCAAACCCGCCGCGGACAAGGAUCAGCAGAAGAAGCAGCUGACCAAUGGCGAUGCGGAUGCCAAGUCAGAAGCCACAGCUGAAGCAGCGGCUGGUGAGGAUGCAGAUGCUCCACCGAAGCGUGGUCUGCUCAAUGCCAUCAAGUUGCCCAUUGCCAACAUGAUGCCCAAGAAGAAAUCCGGCGAUGAUGUCGAACUGGGUCUGGGCAAAGCCGGUCUGGCGUCCAUGGAAACUCUGGACGAUUCACUCAAGGAUCAGGACACUGUGGAUCGUGCUCCAGUCAAGAGCAAUGGCGCCGAUGAGCUCAAGAGCGAUCUCAAGGAUGAGAAACUGGCCGCGGAGCAGAAGCUCGCUGCCGAGGAGGAGGAACGUGAUCGUCCCGAGUCUAUGUGGAGUCGCCUGCGUGGCUACAAGUGCAGCGUGGAUGAUGCCCUGAUUGUGUUUGGCAUACUCCUAUUUAUGCUGCUCCUGGCCGUCAUUGGCUAUGUGCUCACCCACGAGACGCUAACGUCGCCACCGUUGCGCGAGGGACGCUACAUCUCCGCCGUAACGGGAUGUGGCAUGGUCGAGGGUGUCAAGGAGGAUGGCGCAUUCGCCUUCCGUGGCAUUCCCUAUGCCAAGCCGCCAGUCGACGAUCUGCGCUGGCAGCCGGCUCAGUUGAUUGGCAAGCUCGAGGAGUGCUGGAAUGGAACUCUGCAGACGCACAACCAGAGCACCGUGUGCACUCAACGACUGGGCAAUGGCACCACAGUUGGUGACGAGGACUGCCUGUACUUGGAUGUGGUCACGCCACAUGUACGCUAUACCAAUCCCCUGCCCGUGGUGGUGCUCAUCGGUGCCGAGUCCCUGGCUGGUCCCUCGCCUGGCAUAUUGCGUCCGUCGGCUCGUUAUUCACGCUCCCAUGAUGUGAUCUUUGUGCGUCCGAAUUUCCGCUUGGGCGUCUUUGGUUUCCUCGCCCUGGAUGCACUCACCAAGGAGUCGCAUCCUCAUACCUCGGGCAACUAUGCGCUGACCGAUAUCAUUGCCGUGCUCAAGUGGAUUCAGUUGAAUAUUAAGAACUUUGGUGGCAAUCCCAAGUCGGUGACCUUGUUGGGUCAUCGGGCAGGUGCAACGCUCGUCUCGGCGCUGGUCAGCUCCGAGAAGAUGAAGAAUCUCUACACACGCGCCUGGUCCUCGUCCGCAUCGGCCAUUUAUCCCGGCAAGCCGUUGCAGGAAUCGGAGCGUUUGAAUCAACAGUUGAUGGUCACCUUGGACUGUCAGGAUGCAAAUUGUCUGCGUGAGGCGUCUAGCGAGAAAUUGUGGGCUGCCACGCCAGACACUUGGUUCAACUUCCCGGUGGAUCUGCCACAGGCACAGGAGAACAGCAAUGCCAAUCGUCACGAGUGGUUGGUGCUCGAUGGCGACAUACUCUACCAGCAUCCCUCCGAGUCCUGGAAACAGGUGCCCGCGGUGGACAUUACACAUCCGUUGCUUGUCAUGGGCGCCACAGCCCACGAGGGUCACACGCUGAAGCUGCGGGAAUUGCACGCUAAUUGGACAGCGGAGGAUGUGCGCGCCUAUCUGCAGGCAUCGCAACUGGGCGCCCUGGGAUUAACCGAUGAGAUUAUCCAGCGUUACAAUGCCACCAACUAUGCUGCCCUUGUGGCCAUCAUCACGGACAUUCGCACCGUUUGUCCACUGCUCACGAAUGCCCGUCUGCAGCCGAGUGUGCCCUUCUAUGUGGUCACCCAGGGCGAGGGUGAGGAUCAGCUGGCCAACGUCGAUGCCGAUGUCCAGGCCAUCCUGGGACGCUAUGAGCCACACACCGUCGAGCAGCGACGCUUUGUGUCGGCGAUGCAGCAGCUCUUCUAUUAUUAUGUAUCGCAUGGAACGGUGCAAUCAUUUGAUUCGCGUCGUCGUGUCAUCAUUGUGGGACAGGAUGCAGUUGGUCAGGAGGAUCAUGAGCAUUGCAAUUACUGGAUCAGCAAGGAUAUUGUGCCGCGUUAUGCGCGCAUCGAUUAAGCGACCAAGUGCCCACUUUCCCCCCUACUCCUUCCACUCUCUUCUCAAUCUAUCUUUCAAUAUGACAAAGUUCGGCGAUUUGUUGAAUUUGCUAUACAAAAUUCCCUCUCUCUUUCCGUUCCUCCCUUUUCCAUCUCUCUCUAUUGACUCUUUUCUUUCAAUUUGAGUUAGUUUAGCCUAAGUGAAUCUAGUGUUUAUAUACGGAAUACAUAAAUGUACAUUUAGUUCUCGACAAUUAUUUAAGUUCGUAAGUUCUUUAAGUCUAACGCUAACUCAACAGCAGCAUAUUCAUCUAAACAUACAUACAUGUCUCUACUAAACAUAAACAUAAAAAUAAUAAUAUGUCUAUGAUAAUGUAUUCUCUAAACUUAAUACACACACAUACACAAGAAAACUGCAAAACACACAAAUAAAACACGAGAUAAUAUAUUUAAAAAUAUAUAUACUUGAAAAGUAUAGAUACAAUUUAACGUCUUUCAACUAAACACAACAUACCACACACUCUCUAUAACUCUUUAUACUAUAACUAGAUAUAUAUAUAUAUAUAUACAAGAUAUAGCUGAACGUUAAGAAAUCAAAAACCUAUGACCAACGAUCUUUUUUGAUACAUUGAUAUUUUUGACCAUUUUUACAUAUUUAGAAAUGGGGGCUAAUAGACAAGACUCGAAUCAAACAAUUUAUAAAAAGAAAAAGAGAAAACAAUUAGUUUUAGACAAAUGUAAGAACGCAUCAAAAACAAUGGAUUUAUAUAAACAAAUUAAAUGUGUGUUUAACAAUUGAGACUGUCCUGGGGGCGAUGAAACUUUGAAUUUAUUUAGUUUCGUACAUUUUUUUCGAAUCCAGCCCAUAAAUGAAAUAAACAUUUUCUAUAGCUUUAUAUGUAUGUAUAAUUAAUCAAACAUUUAUCUAACUCAUGAAAUCACAUAAUAAUCUUCAUUAAUUUUCUUUGUUUUUUUUUUUUUUGUCGAAAAUAUACUCAAAAUACUAUAUGUAUAUGUACAUGUAUGUAAUUAACCAAAAUGUUUUAGAUAUUGGAACAGAAAAUCGAAAUACAGAAAAAUCAAAAAGAAAACAUUAUUCAAAAAACAUAUAUAGCCUUUAGCAUUAUGGUCAUGAUUUGUGUGUAAAGUGAUAAAAAUAACAAAAUAAAGAUAUGAAUAUAUAUAAAAAGUUUGUGCGUGAAACAAGCAUGAGAAUGUUUAAAUAAUAAUACUAAAAUAAAAUGCCACAAGGAAACAUAUAACUCAA